GUAUAUUAAUUCUUCGGUGAUCUCCAACGUCCGGCUUUUAAGUCGUCGUUGCCGAGAGGGAGUACGAAGGAAGCGCUGGAUUCAACUCGGUACGGCGGUGGCAGAGCAGCAUCCGAUUGCUGCGUUUCGUCUCUCUCCAGAUGGCGGCGGUGGCGGAGAGCUUAUUGAAGUCCGGUGAGGUCUCCGCCAUGAUCCGCCAAGGCUUCAUCUCCUCACCUCGCCUGUCCCCGACCUCUUCUCCUCCGCCGACACCUCCACCUACUGUCUCGGGAUCCUCCGCGGUCGCCUCCGUCCCUUCUCCACCGCCUCCUUCGUUCCCCGCGCCCAGGACCACCACACUCUUCGAGAUGAUUGCCCAGGAAGGCGGCCAACACCGUCCCCCUCUGCGGCCGAAGCAGCUCGACCUGCAAGAGAGAAUUGCCGCGAUCCUCUCUAGUAAAGGCCCCAGUGACGUGAAGCUCUCCGUAAGCUCCGGAAACGGGAUGAGAAUCCGGAUGGCAGCGCACCGGCAGGUGCUGACGGCCCGGAGCCGUUUCUUUGCUGAGAAGCUGGUAGGGAUAUGUGUCAGACCGGGUAGCAGACCGGUUGUUGUGGAGAUCUGCGAGUGCGAUGACGCAGAGGUGUACGUGGAGGCGGUGGGGCUCAUGUAUUCCGACGAUCUAAGGAGGAUGCUGGCCGGAGAGAACGUCUCGAAGGUCCUUGGCUUGUUCCAGGUAUCUGUGGAUAUAAAAUUUGAUGAAGGAAUUUCUGCAUGUCUUGAAUAUUUGGAAGCCAUUCCUUGGUCUGAGUAUGAGGAGGACAAGGUAAUAUCUAUUCUUGGCAAGCUUCACAUUCAGCAGUUACGUGAGCCAAUCAGAGAAAUCUUUCAGAGAGUCUCAGUCCAACCAUCUACUUUUGCAAAUGCUGACCCCAUUUUUUUAGGGAUACUUGAUGGUGUUCUACAAUCCAAGGAUAAGAAAGCUCGACGAGAUAUAAAAACCUUAAUUUCUGGUUUGCUUAAGGAGGAUGUAAACCAAAGCAAUAUACAAUAUAACAAGCUUGAUGUCUCAAAGGACUCCCUUUACUACCUAUGCCAGAAAUGCCUUGAUCAUCUUAUGCAGUUGUUUUCUGAGGCUGCAAACAUUGAAAAUGUAGCUGAUCGAGCUUCCUUGAUGGGUGAGGUUGCUCGAGAAGCUGACAAUGUGCAGUGGCUUGUGGACAUCCUAAUCAACAAGAGGAUUGCAGAUGAAUUUGUGGCUCUCUGGGCGGACCAGAGUGAACUUUCGACCUGCCAUUCCAAGAUACCAUGCAUGUACAGAUUUGAGAUCAGCAGGAUCACUGCCCAGUUGUGUGUUGCUAUAGGAAGAGGGCAUAUUUUAGUAUCUAAAGAUGCAAAAAUAUCCCUUUUGAGGACAUGGCUGGAAGCCCUAUAUGAUGAUUUUGGUUGGAUGAAAAGAGCCUGUAGGGAUUUUGAUAAAAAAAUGGUAGAGGAUGGACUAUGUGCCACAAUCCUGACAUUGCCCAUGGUGGAACAACAAUCAAUCUUAUUAAGAUGGUUUGAUUGCUUUUUGAAUAACGGUGACAACUGCCCCAACAUGCAGAGAGCCUUUGUGGUUUGGUGGAGGAGAGCUUUUGUGAGACAAUACCAAGGGGAUCAAGCCAGCUCGCAGUUACAGAAUGUUGUUUCUGAUGAUCAUACAUGAACGUCUGCUAUGAAUUACUCUAUCAAAGGUAGAUGGUUAUUAUUCUAGGCAAUGCACAUAGAGGCAAUAAGUCUUCCAUUUUUGCUCUUGCUGUUUGCUGUCAUUCUUUUAGGCUGCUUUUAGGAUCACUUGUACACUUGGACACUCAUAGAAAAUCAUAGAAUGGAAAAGAAUGAUUUCGCCUAGGAUUAGCCAUGAACACAAACAAAGAAUAAGUCAGGAAUCCCCCUUUGCCUUCUGAACUAGACUCUGAAUUGUAGAUGCAUGCAAUGGUGCAGGACUCUGAAGUAUGUGAAGAAGAUCAACUGUCAUCAUGAACUAAUCUAAACAGUGCAAUUUAGACAAGACAUGUAUUUGUUUAUUCUUAAUAUUGAUGCAACUAGGGGUCUAGAUCAAGUUUAACUAGAAGGGCAAUUAUUGUUCUAGGACCUCAACUAAACGCAUAACCCAGUUGGGAUGAGUUACUGGGUUUACCUAAGCAUCAGUUUGGGGGCAUGCAUACUCGAAGCACAUAAAGUAACAAGGAUAAGAAUCAUUAGAUCACAAAAACAAUAUGUAAAAAGGGCAGAAGACUACAUGCAACGCAAGGAAGUAAGGUGAUGGGAAUAAUUUCAAAUUAAUUGGUCUACAUAGAUACAUUGUUAUCCUAGAUAUAACUUCAAUUUUUUUUCUUCAACUCUAUUUUUUAGUCGUGGGUGCCCCAUAUUAUAUUGGAUGGGACAAUUUUUAUUUAAGAUACGCGUGAAAAAUAUUGCUAUCAGUCUAAUUACUUGCUACUAAUAAAAAAUCUUCAUGGUCCUUUUGACCUUCAAUUUAUAA